AUGGCCACAUUCAUCAGUAGAUCAGACACACUUGCACAGAAACAAGACAUGUUUAGUACAUGUUAUGGACAAGAAGGGAAACUUGAUGAAAUUUUUGCUUCGUUGUCUAUACCCAUCAGCUAUCAAUUGCACUGCAGAACAGAAAAAUUGUCUGCUAUGGUGAAAGCAGCUGAUAAAUGGCGUGGACCUUGGUUGGAUGCAUCCAACCCAACCUUUAGAGAACGCGUAGGCCCGCGCUAUGACCAUUGA